AUGAGCUGGCUCCCCAAGCGCGUUUUGUUGUGGGCUCUCCUCAACAGCACCGCUCACCCGCUGGUCCGGGUGACAGCUGAAGGUCACGCAGCUAAGAUGAUGCUCCAUGGUGCAGUCCAACUGCGGGGGCUUUGCAAGUUUUGUGAUGUUAGGGCAACAACCUGCACAAAUGAAGGCUAUUGUCUCAGUGAUUGCAACAUCACUUCAAUCUGUGAAAAUGUGAAUGAAGUAUGUGCAGCAGUAUGGAGAAAAAAUGAUGAAAACAUAACCUUGGAAACAAUAUGUCAUGAUCCCAAACAAGAGCUCCAUGGGAACAAACUGGAAGACUUCAAUUCAAAGAACUGUAUGAUGAAAGAAAUGAAGGUUGCUGGUGAAUUGCUGUUCAUGUGCUCCUGCAGUGAAGAAGAAUGCAAUGAUAAACUUAUUUUUUCAGACAAAAUCCCAGAAAGUGUUGAAGAAGUGAAAGAUGUGAUUUCUAAAGUUGCAAUAAUAAGCCUUGUCCCAUUGCUUGUGGUUACUAUGGCUGUGAUUCUCAUCUUUUACUGCUACCGUAUUCAGAGGAGAAGGCAGCUCAACAAGGCAUGGGAGAAGAACGUGAAAUCCAAGAAACAAGACUGUAGCGAUGUUUGUGCCAUCAUGUUAGAUGAUGACCGUUCUGACAUCAGUUCUACUUGCGCCAACAACAUUAACCAUAAUACUGAACUGUUGCCCAUUGAGUUGGACACCCUUGUGGGCAAAGGGAGGUUUGCCGAAGUCUAUAAAGCGAAACUGAAGCAAAAUACCUCAGAACAGUUUGAAACAGUAGCUGUCAAGAUCUUCCCUUUUGAAGAAUAUGCAUCUUGGAAGACGGAGAAAGACAUCUUCUCGGACAUAAACCUGAAACAUGAGAACAUCCUUCAGUUUUUGACAGCGGAGGAGCGCAAAACAGAUUUGGGCAAACAGUGUUGGUUGAUCACUGCUUUCCACUCACGGGGAAACUUGCAGGAAUACCUCAUAAAACACAUCAUUAGCUGGGAGGACCUCUGGAAACUGGGUGGCUCUUUGGCUCGUGGGAUUGCUCACCUUCACAGUGACCAUACACCUUGUGGCCGACCCAAGACGCCUAUUGUCCACAGAGAUCUAAAGAGUUCCAAUAUCCUGGUGAAAAAUGAUUUAACAUGCUGCCUCUGUGACUUUGGGCUAUCUCUGAGGCUGGAUCCUACUCUCUCUGUAGAUGAUCUGGCUAACAGUGGACAGGUUGGCACAGCGAGGUACAUGGCUCCUGAAGUUCUGGAAUCCAGAAUGAACUUGGAUAAUGUUGAGUCCUUUAAGCAGACUGAUGUCUAUUCCAUGGCUUUGGUUCUCUGGGAAGUGACUUCUCGCUGCAAUUGUGUUGGAGAGGUGAAAGACUAUGAACCACCAUUUGGCUCUAAAGUGCGAGAACAUCCUUGUGUUGAAAGCAUGAAGGACAACGUUUUGAGGGACAGAGGGCGACCGGAUAUACCCAGUUCAUGGCUCAACCAUCAGGGCAUCCAGAAGGUCUGUGAGACCCUUGUUGAAUGCUGGGACCACGAUCCUGAGGCCCGUCUCACUGCGCAGUGUGUGGCUGAGCGGUUCAACGAUCUCGAGUACCAGGACAGGCUGUCGGGAAGAAGCAGCUCAGAAGAAAAGAUCCCAGAGGACAGCUCUGUGAACAGUGCCAAGUAGCAACAGACCAAAA